UGGUCGUGAAGUAUCGCUCAAGGCGAGAGAGAGACUGACAUCGCCCAAAAUGAGAAUUGAAUAGUUUACUGAACUUGGGACGAUUAUUGGUGUGCAACAUGGUUGUAACUUUUAGAAUUCCAAGGUAACGUCUGACGCUUUAUGCGUGGUUAAAGAGAACUGUUUCCGGCCUAUAGUUAAAAAAAAACAUGUCUGUGAGUGCAAGUGCAGAAAACUUGUCGAGUGACAAUCAAAGCUCAGGAGACGGAGGCACUAUGUGCCUGGAACUGGCACUCGAAGGAGAAAGGCUUUGCAAGGCAGGAGAUUGUCGAGCAGGAGUUGCAUUCUUUCAGGCAGCAAUUCAAGCAGGCACCGACGACCUAAGAACGCUAAGUGCUAUCUACAGCCAACUUGGGAAUGCGUAUUUUUACCUUGGAGACUAUGUUAAGGCAAUGCAGUAUCACAAACAUGAUCUGACACUUGCACGCACCAUGGGAGAUAAAUUAGGAGAAGCAAAAUCAAGUGGAAACCUGGGAAACACAUUGAAAGUUAUGGGGAAAUUUGAUGAGGCUAUGAUAUGCUGCAAGCGACAUUUAGAAAUAUCUCGGGAACUUGGUGAUAAGUUAAGUGAAGGACGAGCACUUUACAAUCUUGGUAAUGUAUAUCAUGCAAAAGGAAAACACAUUGGGCGAGUAGGGCAGCAAGAUCCAGGAGAAUUUCCAGAAGAUGUUAGAUCAUGUCUCCAGGAAGCUGUGAAGUACUAUGAGGAAAACCUGCAGCUGAUGAGAGAACUGAAUGAAACAGCAGCUCAGGGUCGUGCAUGUGGAAAUCUUGGGAAUACCUAUUACUUACUUGGUGAUUUCCAGAAAGCCAUACACUAUCAUGAGGAGAGAUUGAAAAUUGCGAGAGAAUUUGGUGAUAAGGCUGCAGAAAGGAGAGCCAAUAGCAAUUUAGGUAAUUCUCACAUAUUCCUUGGUGAAUUUGAAGCUGCAGCAGAACAUUACAAGAGAACAUUAGUGCUAGCACAAGAAUUGGGAGACCGAGCUGUUGAAGCUCAAGCAUGUUAUAGUUUGGGUAAUACUUAUACCUUACUUCGAGAUUAUCCGACUGCUAUUGAAUAUCAUCUACGCCAUUUAAUCAUUGCACAGCAGCUGAUGGAUAGAGUUGGAGAAGGACGAGCAUGUUGGAGUCUGGGUAAUGCGCACUCUGCAAUGGGUAACCAUGAAAAGGCGCUUUACUUCGCAAGUAAACAUCUGGAAAUUUCAAAAGAGCUUGGCGAUACCAUGGGUCAAGCAACAGCUCAGAUGAAUGUGUCAGAUCUGCGCAAGGUCCUAGGUCUGCCAGUCACUGACUUGUCUCCAGAGAGUCAGCAGCUCCUGACAUCACUGUCUGACCAGGGAUCACCAGCUUGUUUACGCAGAUAUAGGGUGAGGAGACACAGCAUGGAACAACUGGAUCUUAUAAAGUUAACACCUGAAAACAAACAGAAACCUAAUGGGGACUUGUCAAACAACCAAUCUGAAACAGCUGCACAAGAAUGUCAGCAAUCUGCUGCUACUGCUGCUGCCACUGCCCCAGCUGAUGAAACAAAGACAGAACAUAUGGAAGACGAGGAAUCAUUUUUUGAUCUACUUUCUCGUUUCCAAUCAAAAAGAAUGGAUGACCAGCGGUGUUCGCUCAGUGUUGCCGACAACAAGGAGAAUAAUCAUAACAACAAUCUUACUCCUAACAAUCUAUUAAGUUGCGCUACGGGAAAUAGACCAGUCCCUCUCAAUAAUGCUGCCAUUACAUCAAACAAGGAAAAUGCUGUUUCAAAUGCAGGGAAUGGAGACUCAUCAAAAGUGCAAGAGGAGUUGCUAGACCUAAUUGCAGGCAUGCAGAGCAAGCGAAUGGAUGAACAAAGGGUUGCUUUGCCACAUUUACCAGGAUUGCUUCCACCAUCACAAGUACAGAGGCUUUCACUUGGUUCUGCUCCAGAUGAUACCUUCUUAGAGAUGCUGAUGCGUUGUCAGAGUUCCAGAUUAGAGGACCAACGCAGUUCUCUGCCCACUGAUGAUAAUGAAACUGAAGGAGAAGCUCGAACACACUCUGCUGCUCGAGGUGCUACUGUUCCUGAUGAAGACUUUUUCUCACUCAUUAUGCGUUUGCAGUCUGGUCGCAUGGAAGACCAGCGUGCUUCUGUCCCUGUUGUCCCGACUGCCCCUGCACCACUUGCAGAGAACAGACAAGCUUCAAGAAAGGACAAGAAGAAAUGACUAACACUGUCUGCCCCUCCUUCUUUGGAACGCUAGGGGGCAUUUGAACAGCUGAAUCAACAUUACAAAUCUUUGCUGCUUCCAUUACCGACUGAUGGGAAAGUCAUGCAUGACAAAGACUGCAGUAUUGCCAAGUCAUUUCAGCUUGAUUUCAUUUACUUAGAAAUCUGUAUGGAUUCUGAUAAGGAGAUUUGUGGACUCAUGUCUCAUUACUGGUUCUGAAGUAGUGUUAGAAUAUUUAAAAAAGAAAAGCAAACAGUGAAAAUUGAUUUUGGAUAGUGUGUGUGUGUGUGUGUGUGUGUGUGUGUGUGUGUGUGUGUGUGUGUGUGUGUGAGAGAGAGAGAGAGAGAGAGAGAGAGAGAGAGAGAGAGAGAGAGAUUGUCAUUUUUUGAAGUAAAAUCUAAUUCGUGGUGGCAACUGUGUGAUAUUGCAUUCUGUGUCACAGAAAUUGCCAGACUUUUUCCUCUGAAAUAAUUCCAAUGUAUGCAGUUAGAUUUGUAUUUGUAGUUAUGUUUUGUAGCUCAUUAGCAUAAACUUUACAUAUGUGAACUGUUUCAUUCUCAUUUGUAGCUUUCUAUGGAGGUUGUUUUGCCACAUAAAAGUUUUUAAAGUGAAUAGAUAUUACUAUUAAUGCAGUAAUGGAAUAGUUUUGUAUUUUUUUUCUUAUAACUGUUUUAAAGAUCUUUUAUUUCCUUAGAGGCUUUAUGUCAAAUAUAUUUGUGUGCAGUAAAAACCGAAAGGAAUGUAGCAGGAUGCAUUUGUUUAGAUAUGGAACAUGUUCACUGAAUGGUCGUGCCAAAGAUAGUCUGUUGAAUUAAAAUACUAAUUAUAACUGGA